CGACAGCGAAAGUGCUGAAUUGACAACCACCCGCGUCUCCGGAGCGCCACAUUCUGGAAAUGGUCAAUUGUCGCCGCGGUGGAUCUCGCCUGUAGACGACGAUAUUGCUUGUGCACGCCAGACUCGAGGCCUCAACGAUGCUAGAGUCAGGAACAGACAUCCCGAGAACCGACAUUUUCUCCGCUGUGGCCAAUUUCUCCGCUGACGACCCACUUUUCGUCGACCUCAACGGCACGGGCUUCGAGAACACCACCCAAGUCGCGUACACGCCGUACGAGAACCGACCCGAGACGUACAUCGUGCCCGUCAUCUUCUUCCUCAUCUUCGUCGUGGGCGUCAUUGGCAAUGGAACGCUCGUGGUGGUUUUCCUCAGGCAUCGCGCGAUGCGAAACGUCCCCAACACAUACAUCUUAUCGCUGGCUCUGGCCGACUUGCUGGUGAUUCUCACCACAGUUCCCCUCACGUCCACGGUGUACGUCUUCGAUUCGUGGUUCUGGGGUCAGGAGCUCUGCACCAUAUCGGAAUUCGUGAAGGAUGUCUCCAUUGGCGUGUCGGUCUUCACCCUCACGGCGCUGUCAGGAGACAGGUUCUUCGCCAUUGUGGAUCCUCUGCGGAAAUUUCACACGCACAGUGGCAGAGCAACGAAAUUAACAAUCUCCAUUGCCAUAUCAAUUUGGAUACUCGCCAUCAUUUGCGGAAUUCCCGCCCUAGUGGGAUCUUAUAUUCGAGUCGUUGAGGUGAAUAAGGACGUCUCCUUUGAGCUGUGCUACCCUUUCGGGCCACCAGAGUGGGGCAAGUCCUACGCUCGAUACAUGGUGAUAGCGCGCUUUUUGAUCUUCUAUGCCAUUCCACUGCUCAUAAUUGCCAUCUUCUACGCGCUCAUCGCUCGGCAUCUCUUCUACAGCGCCAGCAAUGUGCCCGGCGAGAUGCAGGGCGCCAUGCGUCAGAUUAAAGCUCGGCGCAAAGUUGCCAUCACAGUUCUUGCAUUUGUCGUCAUAUUUGGAUUGUGCUUCUUGCCAUCGCAUCUCUUCAUGAUAUGGUUCUACUAUUGUCCAACAGCCGAGGAGGAUUACAAUGUGUACUGGCAUGUCCUGCGCAUCGUGGGCUUCUGCUUAUCCUUCGCCAACAGCUGUGCCAAUCCCGUCGCCCUGUACUGUGUCAGCGGAGCUUUCAGGAAGCACUUCACGAGGUAUUUGCUGUGUCGCUUCCGCUCGAAUUCGCGAAGGAAGCGCGAUGGAUGUGUCGUCACGCAUCGUGACACUUCCAUGACGAGCACAGUCUCGCGACGCUAUACAUCGAGGCGUCAAUGUAACCACCAGAGCACCAUGAGAAGCAAAGUGCUGGAGACGUCAGUGACCAUUCUCCCCAACGGAGCGGGUAAUAAUAAAAAUGGGACCGAUUGAAUGUAAAUAGUGUGGAAAACCACCCUAGAUGUAUACAUGUUGAUAGAGACACGGAAAGGGAGAAACUUUCCAUCUGAUAAAAACUCCUAACGCUUCAUAACGAACUUUUAUCCAAUGUCAUCUCAUUAAAGUCCAAAUGGUUCUUUUUCACGUCACACAAAUUAUAUUUAUAAAUAGUAUAUGCAUUUUAAUCUAAGUUCCUCAUCAAAUUAGAUAAGGGAAAAUGAUGAAAAAUAUCAUUUUCAUUGGGAACUGGCUGAGAAAUGUCAUAAAAAGUAAAUGAAUUAGCGAUAUUGCUAUAAAGCAAUUGAAUAUAAUUUUGCGAAAUUCAAUAUUUCUGCACAUUCAACAGAGAAGGACAUUGAAAAAGGUGAAAUCCAAUAACACAUAAAUUCCACUGUAGUUUUGGUGUGACACGAAACUUACAAAAUGUUGCUAAUUUGUAUAUGAAAAGUAUUCACAAUUGAGCGAUGAUUGAAUCUGUAUGAUAUCCAACUUGACUUUUCCUUCUUCAAACCCUUGCAUGACACACCAUUUCCCUUUUUCUUUGAAUGUUCCUAUGGGACAAGUUUCAAGAACUAUUAUGAAAUUCAAUAGACGACACGUGAAUUUGAACUUUCACUUCUUUUUUCAAUGAUUCGCUAAAAUAUACAUUAAAAGCAUGUAUAAUAUGCAAGCUAGAUUAUCCAUCUCUUAUCCUAAUUGCCCAUCUCUGAUUGAGGUGAGAAAUUGAAAAGCUGAGUUUGGCCCCUGAGCGGCCUCAAAGGAUACAAUUAGGCCUAAUUGAUGAAUUGCUGCGCGUGAUAGCAAAAACAUCUUGUAGAUUUCUUUUCCUAAUUACCUCCGCCUCCAUUUUCGCAGUUUUUCCACCUCCCACCGUGUAGCACAAUCACUUUAAUCACUGUGGUAGAGAUAUAAGGCCAUCGUGGCGCCAAUUGAGCCGUCACGAAGGCGUGGGCGUAAAUAAAUAGUCCAAUUAUGUAAAAUAAUUAGGCUGAGAUUGUCAAGGAUGUAUGCAAAAUUCCAUGUAAUAUGCUUUGAGAAUAAUUUCCGCGGGAGAUGUUUUCGCAGCACUCAUAAAUCAACGAAAAUACUCAGUGUGUUCCUCCAUGGCCUGCAGACUGUCUCUUCGGCAUUACACCACCAUUUCUCAUCCUCAAAACACUCAUUUAUUCUGUGCUUCGCCACACUUCUUUUGCCGCACAUCCCUGAGUUGAGUGGAGAAAGAAAGAGAAAAGAAUCACAUGAUUUAGGCAUCUAAGAAUAGAGAGAAACAAAUUUAUUUAUAUAUUUACUCCUGUGGUGUGAUAACAAAAUGAAAAAAAAAUCCUCAUGACUUUGUAUUUGUGUUGAAGCAAGAAAAAGAGAUUGAUAAUAAAUUUAGAUGAUGAA